UUCACUCCCUCACCCGCUCAUCACCGGGAAUCCCUGGGAUGCGCUGUUUUAGCGAAGGGCGUCCAAAAAGCCAAGGAAACUAUCACCAUGGACGUUCAACAACUUCCUGAGAAACCGACCGUCAAUCGGUCAGUGGUCGCGAUGGAGGGCAGCUCCCUCUCACUGAACUGCAGAAGCUGGGAGACAAAUCCCGUCACCUUACGUUGGGUGAGGAAUGGAGAGGACAUCGGCGCAUCUUCCACCGGAGAACUGGCAGUGCUUCUCCGUGACGUUACAUCAGUAGAUGAGGGGGAAUACUGGUGUUCGGCUGGAAACGACGUGGGCGUCUCCAACAGCUCCACCAGCGUCUCCGUUCAGUACAGACCCAAAACUGAAAUGGCGUGCACCAGCGCUGGGACCGUGACUAACUGUGUUUGCAAGGUCAGAGCCAAUCCUCCGGCCAACGUUUCAUGGAGCAUCGACGGGGAAGCCCUGGCGGAGCUCAGGUCGGAGGAUGUGGUCGUGGCCCGGGAGACGGACGGGAACGUGAUACAGAGCUCGAUGAAGCUGACCCGUGCGGAAAGAAUGGGAAAUGUGAUUUCAUGUUCUGCAGGGAAUACCCACGGUUACCGCGCCUCCGAAUACCCACUCCGUUCUGAGGGAACAGACGCCCGGACGAUCUACUCGACAGCAGGCGGGAUGGGAGCCGGCCUUGUCAUUCUGAUUGUCGUCCUGCGGACAAUUGCAGUGUGCCGGAAGCAACGACGAAAAGCUGCUGCUGUUUCCGAGCUUUCUGUCGUCUACAGUACUGUGACGCCUUCAAUAAAUUUCGUGGGAGUCGCCCAGGAAUCUCGUGGCGUUGGCGACUCGCAGCCGACUCAAAGAGACGAGAUCGUCUAUGCUGAUAUCAACUUCCAGAAAUGAAAUGUACAGCAACUGCUUUGGACUGAAGUAUCGCAUGGGUGAGAAUGGAGCCCAUGGAACGUCAAACGGUAGAGCAAAGGAGCCCCUCCUUCAGAACUGACGGAGCUAAUGACGCCUGAUCUCUUCUGUCCUGUCAUUGGUCGGAACCACAGUCUCUCAUUUGCAUAUCUAACAGCAUUCCAAGCGUCUGUGUCAUAUUUACUCCACAACAGAGCGUCCAGACACCCACCACUCUCUGUGUGAAAACACCCGACCAGCACAUCUCCUUUGAGGUUUCCAUUUUUGCAUUAAAAGUGUUUCCUUUCGCCUCAGACAUUUCCACCAUGGGGAAAAGAUGCCGGUUUUCAGUCGAUGCCUCUCGUGAUUCUAUAAAAGUUUAUCUGUCACAUCUGCCCUUAGUCUCCAAAGCUGUAGAGGAAACAACCCAAGUCUGUACAACCUCUCUUUUAUUCCCUUAUCCGCUAAUCCAGGUAGCAGUCUGUUAAACCUGUUCUACACCUGUCCAGCGCCUCCACGACAUUUAAUGAGGGUACGCUGUGCUUCAACUGAGGCCGAACCAGCGAUUUAUGGAGCUGCACACGGUUUAUCGUCUCUUCUACCUAAAGACCUGACCAGUGAAGGCAAUUACCGUUUGCCUUCUUUACCGCCCAAGCUACCUUUUAUGAAGAUAUGGUUCCAUUGUCCCUCUGUGCAGCGACGCUGUUAAUCGCAAGUUCAUUAACUGUGUCCCUCCACUUUACUCUUAACCUCCCAACGCACAACACCCCACAUGUGCCUGAAUGAACUUCCAUUUCCCCAUAUCUACAACAGAUAUACAGUGUAUGCCGCGCUGUUAUUCGGCGAAGCACUACGCUAUCCAUUAAGGCAUCAAUCUUUGCAUCAUUAUCAACAUCACAAACACACUCCACCAAGCUUCACCCAAGCCCCAAGCAGAAUGUAUAGAGACACCAACCCGGGCUCCUGAGGGACACCGCUCGGUAAAGAUCGAGUCAGAGUAAGAUCUAACGACCACUACACUCUGUCUUCAACAGGAAAGGCAAUUCUGUAUCCAAACUUAUUCCUAUAAGUCAGCAAGGCUGACCCUGAAAUCGCCCAGCACUAGAAGAUCCACGAGUUUUUAAAUCUGUGGUUUAUACAGCGUUCAGGUACAAACAUGUUAUUUGAAACAAAUUUGUGGAGUCAACAUUUUAGUAAAAUAUACUUAUAGCAUGUUCUCUCUCAAAGUGGGAAACAUAACUGCAUUAUAAGAGAGCCCUAUCUUACAGCCUGAGACCCCUGUUGAACUCUGAUCUUUGGUGGUGUUUGUGUGUGGGGUUCCAAAAUUCCCCAUGUGAACGGAGGUGAAGUGGGAUCCCCGGAUAUUCCACUUUCCUGCCAUGUUCCUGAUGAGCACCUUGAUGGUUCAAUAGAAAUUAGGCCUUUUAUUUCCAAUAAA